AUGGACAAAGUCUGGUUCAAGCUUCGGCAGACCGACUAUCCCCCUCCGACCCCGGAGUCGAUGGGCACCUCCAUCGAGACAGGCCCCUUGUGCCUGGGCCACAUCGUCCCAGAUCUACGCCAGCUCGACCUCCCCAUCAAUCGGGACGAAAUUGUGCCCUUUUCCAGGAACAUGCUGGUGUAUACAACCUCGGCUCACUCGUUCCGGUGGCAUGAUACGCUGGACAAGGAGCGGAGCAGUACCUUGGGCGGCGGAGCCCCCGUGCUCGCUGCGGUCGGGUUACCGGUCACGGCCACGGCGGAUGUCAAGGCUGUGUUCAAGGCUUCUGUGGCAAAUAACGAGGAGUACGAGAGGUUGGAUACCUACCUCGUGCAGGUCACCCGGGCUUAUAUCGCGGACUGUCUGGAGGGGAAUAAGGUUGCUGAGCAUGUUAAGAAGACCUCAAGCCUAGGGACGUGGUCCAUGUUCAUCAUCACGGGGUUGAAGAUCGCACGGGUCGGUUCCAGGUCAACAUCGUCAUCGAAGGGCAUAGACCACGGUGUCGGGUUCGAAGCGGACAUACCAGCCAUUGUUUCUGCUCAAGUCGAGCUUGGUGUUUCUCUCAACAAGGAGAAGGGCAUGGAGUCCGAGAAACACUCCGACUUCAUCUGGGCCAUCCGUCUGGCCAAGAUUCGCAAAGUGCUGCUCAUGGACGACUGGUCGCUCGAACCUUACACCAAGAAGGCGACUUUUUCAGCUGAUGAGAUUCAGGUCAACGUGGAGCUGGCUCUCGAAAAUGCAGGUGAAAGCAACUUUCGCAUCUUCAAAGACAAAGAUCUUGGGGAAACGUUUGUCAUCUUGAAUGGCGACGUACUCGAUGGUUUGUAA